UGGCAGUGUCAUCCAUUCUCAAGAAAAAACAAAGAAAGAGCAACCACUCAUUUCACUCGCUUUAGUACACAUAAAAAAAUUUAGUGCCAAUUCACAAAUUCCUUAUCCAACAUUCUUCAUUUUUGUCUCUGAUAAUAAUUGGAUUGUUGGCUAUACACACACGAAGUGAACACGAAAGAAAUCCAAAGAAAAAGGGACAAAAAUUCGAGGAAAAAUAUGCUGUCGAAAGAAUCAGCAGGAUCAAAUUUCGAUCUCCCCGAGGAGAUGUUGGAAGUUUUGCCGUCGGACCCAUUUGAACAGCUUGAUGUGGCCAGAAAAAUCACCUCCAUUGCGCUGUCGACACGUGUCUCCGCACUCGAAUCCGAAGGGUCUGUUCUCCGGCAGCAGCUAACCGACAGGGACGUUAUCAUCGCCGACCUUCAGUCCCAGCUCGACUGCGUCGACGCCACCCUGUCGGAAACUUCCGACAAGCUCGCCGAUGCCCAGCAAGAUAAGGAGAAUUUGUUGAAGGAGAAUGAGCAGUUGAGCACCACUGUGAAGAAGCUGAAUCGAGAUGUUGCUAAGUUGGAAGCCUUCAGAAAGACACUCAUGAAAUCACUUCAAGAAGAUGACGACAAAUCUGCGGGUGCUCCUGAUAUAUCUGGCCUUCAUGUCCCGAGCAAUACAGUAGACGAUGCUACCUUGCCACCUACCCGAACUGCAUCUAUGCAUAGCCAAUUUUCAGACACUGGAAAUUCGUACACCGACAAUCCCGAGACAGAAGCGAUGUUGCCGCCACGUGUAUCACAAAGCCUGUUGCUAGCAUCACAAGCUAGCACACCUCAGCUUACACCUCCCAUUUCCCCUCCUAGUCUAUCUGCAUCUGUAUCUCCAUCUAGGACACCAAAACCCUUGUCUCCAAGGAGACACUCCAUUUCAUUUUCAACGACGAGAGGCGUUUUUGAUGAGAGAUCGUCUGGGUUUUCUUCUGUGCCUUCCAGCCAGCACAGUUCGUUAUCUGGCUUGGAUACAGGAUCGCAAUCAGGUAGAACUCGAGUUGAUGGAAAAGAAUUCUUCCGCCAAGUCAGGAACCGGCUUUCUUAUGAACAGUUUGGUGCAUUUCUAGCUAAUGUCAAGGAAUUGAACUCCCACAAGCAAACGAAAGAGGUAACUUUGCAAAAGGCUGAUGAAAUUUUUGGGCCCGACAACAAGGAUCUUUACGCCAUUUUCGAAGGGUUGAUCACCCGGAAUGUCCAUUGAAAGAACAUGCUUGUAAAUACCUCAAGGUUGUAAUUCUUUGUAUCUCCAUGAUAUGAUUGCUUAUGUAAUCAUAGUUGUAGAGUGAGUUAAUAGGUUCAGAAACAAUGGUAAGUUGAAUCGAUUUGUACGAGAUUUUUACAUAUUUUCAUUGUCAAUGUUUCAAUAAAUGAAUUGUAACAUGUUUAAGUUCAUAGGAGGAAAUAUGAAGAAUUUAGACUAAGAAA